CUCAUACGGAGAGAGGGAGCGGGAGGAGGAGGAGAGCAGCGGCCGCAGGAAGCGGGCAGUGAGCGGCGGAGAAUGGGGCUGAUCCCGGGACCGCUCCUGCUGCUCAUCGUAACCAGCACCGUCCGCGGCCAGGGCGUCUACGCUCCAGCCAAUGCUCGCAUUAUCCAUGCUGGCCAGGCCUGUGUGGUCAAAGACGAUAACAUCAGUGAACGUGUCUAUACCAUUCGAGAGGGGAGCACCCUGCUGCUGGUUUGCCUAGUAACCGGCCAUCCAAGACCCCAGGUGAAAUGGACGAAAACCGCCGGCAGUGCGUCCGACCGCUUUCAGGAGACGACGGUGUUUAACCAGACGUUGGAGAUCCGGCAGAUCCGGAGGAUCCAGGGAGGCCGGUACUACUGUAAAGCGGAGAAUGGGAUUGGAGGGCCUGCCAUCAAGUCCAUUCGAGUAGAUGUACAAUAUCUCGAUGAGCCUCUCCUUACAGUUCACCGCAGUGUUAGCGAUGUCCGAGGGGAGAAUUAUUACCGAGAACGUACUGUUCAUCUCCGCUGUACCGUCAACUCCAACCCUCCUGCACAUUUCACCUGGAAACGGGGGCGUGACACCAUUACCCAAAAACAGGACGAGGGCGUCGAUAUAUACGAACCCCUUUAUACACAGGGAGAAACAAAAAUCCUCAAGCUGAAGGAUUUGAGGCCCCAGGACUACGCAAACUUCAGCUGCCUGGUAUCCGUCAGGAAUGUCUGUGGAAUACCUGAUAAAUCGACCUCGUUCCUGUUGAAAAACACCACAGCUCCGCCUGUUCUCUCUCUGUCUGUCCCCGAGGUGCUGGUCGUGGACCCAGGAGCUGAUGUGGAAAUCGAGUGCCAGGUUGAAGCAGGAGACCCCGCUCCGAUUCUCUGGUGGACUCACUCUCCGGGGCCAAUGCCGGCCAGCGCCAGGACUGAAGGAGGGAAGCUCUGGAUCCGCGAGAUUGGGCCCCCUCAAGCUGGGUUUUACAAUUGCUCAGCUCGAAACGGUGUGGGCAAUGAGGCCAAGAAAUCGGUGGAAGUCCGAGUGAGAGCUCUGUCUAACGGAAGGUUCUGGAUCACUCCGGAUACAUUCCAUGACGAUGAGAAGAUCCAGUUGAACCGGGAAGUGAAAGUUUCCUGUCAGGUUGAUGCUGUCCCACAGGAUGAGCUGACCUACAGCUGGUAUAAAAACGGGAAACCGCUCCGAGCCAGCAACAGGAUCAUUAUCUCCCGGAAUGACCCGGAGUUUGAGCCUGGGACCAGCAGCUUAGACAUUAUCGACAUGAGGUUCUCGGAUUCAGCUACCUACACCUGUGUGGCUUCCCUAAGGAACCAGGCUGUUCCCGACAUCAGCAUCGACGUCAACAUCUCCACCAGCAUCGUGCCCCCAGCCCUGGAGGUGCUGCAGGAUCUGGUACAAGUUACUGAGGGCUCUCUGGCUGAGCUGAGGUGUGCAGUGACUGGAAAACCGCGGCCCGUGGUGCUCUGGUCUCGGGUGGAUAAGGAACAGAAAGCCGGGAUCCAAGCUGACCUGCUGGAUGGCCUGGAUGGGACCCUGCGCAUGGAGAAUGUCUCCCGGGAGUUGAGCGGGACAUAUCGAUGUCAGACCGGACAGUUCAACAGUCUGAAUGUUAAACCACGAGAGGGAACCGUCCAACUGAGCGUCCUGUAUCCUCCAACUGUGGAGCCUCUCUAUGAAGAUGUGCGCCAGAGAGUGGGUGGAUCGGUCACCCUGGGCUGUAAAAUGGUCAGCGGUAACCCACUGAGAGUGACCUCAGUCACCUGGACAUUUAAUGGGAAUCGUCUGGAAACACCAGCAGCAGAGCCUCAGCUGGAAUCCGUGAGGCAGAUUAACCAGAUCACUGCGAAACACUACGGCACCUACCGGUGCGUUCUGGCCAAUGAUGUCAGCUCAGGAACAUGCCUGUUCAACUUGAGUGGACGAGCGUACCCACCUGAAUUUUAUUAUGACACUCCGAACCCAGUGAGGAUCCAGAAACCGAACCUUUACGUCUUCAUUUUGCAGUGGACCCAGAAACUACCAUAUGCUGUCGGAAAUGUCCUGGAAUAUAAACUCCUCAUCCAGCAAGAGUGUCCUGGGAGCUGGUGCAGUGGGAGCUGGUGCAGUGGGAGCUGGUGCAGUGGGAUCUGGGACACUGGGAGCUGGGGCCGUGGGAGCUGGGACCUGGGGCGGUCGGUGCUGGGACAGUGGGAGCUGGGACAGAGGGUGCUGGGCCAGUGGGAGCCCGGACACGGGGAGCUGCGGCAGUGGGAGCUGCGGCAGUGGAAUUGGGGCCGUGGGAACUGGGGCCAUGGGAGCCCGGACACGGGGAGCCGGGGCAGUGGGAGUUGGGGCAGUGGGAGCUGGGGCAGUGGGAUCUGGGAUAAUGGGAUCUGGGACAGUCAGGAUCUGGGGCAGUGGGAGCCGGUUCACCCUGUAGCCGGGGCAGUGGGAGCCAGGGCAGUAGGAGUUGGGGCCGUGGGAGCCCGGACACAGGGAGCUGGGGCACUGGGAGCCCGGACAUGGGGAGUUGGGGCAGUGGGAGCCGGGACACUGGGAUCUGGGGCAGUGGGAGCUGGGACAGUGGGACAGUGGGGAUCUGGGACAGUGGGGAUCUGGGACAGUGGGGAUCUGGGACAGUGGGGAUCUGGGACAGUGGGGAUCUGGGACAGUGGGGAUCUGGGACAGUGGGAGCUGAGAGUGUGGGACACUGGAGCUGGGGCAGUGGGAGUUGGGACACUGGAGCUGGGGCAGUGGGAGUUGGGACACUGGGGCAGUGGGAGCCGGGACACUGGGAGCCGGGACACUGGGAGCCGGGUCAGUGGGAGCCGGGUCAGUGGGAGCCGGGUCAGUGGGAGCUGGGGCAGUGGGAGCUGGGACAGUGGGGAGCUGGGACAGUGGUAG